AUGGGCAACACUCAGGUUCAGCCCCCAGAAGAACCCUUCUGCGACCUGGACAUAGAACAGGGUUUACUGGUGGUCCAGCUCUAUGUGAUGCCGUCCUUCUUCCUGGUGGUGCUGAUCCUCGGGCUUCCCCUCAACCUGCUCUCCCUCUGGGUUUUCCUCCACCGCCUACGGCGUUGGACCCGCAGCACAGUGUUCCUCUUCAACCUGACCCUGGCUGACACCUCCUGGCUGCUGGCCCUGCCUCUCCUCAUCCACUACCAUCUGGACCAGCUGUACUGGAAGCUGGGGCUGCCGCUCUGCACGGCUGUUAGGAUGCUCUACCACAAUUACUUCUACCUCAGUAUCUUUUUCGUCACCUGCGUCAGUGUGGACCGAUACCUGGCCAUCGUGCACCCGCUGCGCUCUCUGGUGCUGCUGGGCCGGAGGAAGACCUCCCUCCUGUGUGUGGCCGUCUGGCUGGCCACUCUGGUCCUCAGCAUACCUGUUGCCAGUAUGACUCUACUCCAGACUUGCCCUGGGAGCAACCGCACUGUCUGUACCCUGUACAUACUGCUGAAUGAACCCGGGGAGAGCCUCCCUUAUUCCCUCUUCUGCUCCAUCAUCGGCUUUCUCUUCCCGCUGCUCUCCAUCUGUUACUGCGGCCUGAGCAGUGUCAGAGAGCUUCGCCGCCGGCCCGACCCACACAAGAAGCAGCGGCGGCUCCGGCGGGUGCUGAGCGCAGCGCUGGUUCUCUUUGCCUUAUUUUACCUGCCCUAUCACCUGAGCCGCAACGCUGCCAUCGUGAUGCGGGCGGUCUACCCUGACAACCCCGCCUCCUGGCGGCCACUAGACCUGGCCUUCUUCCUGGAGAUGUGCCUCUGCAGCCUCAUCACCUGCGUUAACCCUCUGUUCAGCUGCUUCAUAGGCCGCCAGUUCAGACAGGAGUUUCACUUCACUUUUGCCGUCAUGUUUUCCCAGUGUCCAGGGAUGCAGGUGGCCUCUCUGAUAUCUAAGCGGACCCGGAUGACAGUGGGAAAAAGGCAUGGGAUGUCCACUGUUACCCCUGUGUGCGCACUGCCUGCACCUGGAUCCUAA